CCUCACUACAACAGACAUGAUGUACCAGGCUUUUCUGCUGACGAUCCCUCUACUGAUGGCGUUUCAGACGUCAAACACUUCACCGCUUGAUUCUGUAAAAACGAUUGAGCAGCCAAGACCUCCAAAAGUUAGCUUGAACCGUCUUGAUGAGCUAAGAAAUAGGGCUAAUUUCAUUGGCAGAAGCUGCAAGGAAGUUAAGGACAGAUAUGGUCAAGCUGAGGACGGUCUGUACUACCUAACCACAGCUACUGGGGUGGUGUACCAGACCUUCUGCGACAUGACCACAGCGGGCGGCGGCUGGACUCUGGUGGCAAGCGUGCACGAGGACAACAUCUACGGGAAAUGCACGGUGGGCGAUCGUUGGACCAGCCAGCAGGGCAACAACGCCAACUGGCCACAAGGGGAAGGCAACUGGGCUAACAGGAAGACUUUCGGAACAGUGGAGGGAGCCACAGACGAUGACUUCAAGAAUCCUGGCUACUACGACAUAGAUGCAGAAGACAUGUCAGUCUGGCACGUUCCCAACAACACGCCCUUUUACCACUGGAACCUGGCUGCCAUCAUGCGCUACCACACUGACAGGCGCUUCCUCCAUCUGUACGGGGGAAACCUGUACAACCUCUUCCACCGCUACCCGGUCGAGUACAAUGUUGGAAAACACAUGUCCGACAAUGGACCCUCCAUUCCCAUAGUGUAUGACCUCGGGGACAAAGAGUCCACCAAAAUGUUCUAUGGCCCUAACACUAGAGGGGAGACUGAGGGAGGCUUCAUCAGUUUCAGAGCCAUAAACCAUGAACGGGCGGCCACAGCCAUCUGCUCUGGGGUCAAACCCAAAAGUGGUAAUGUUGAACACUACUGUAUUGGAGGAGGUGGGUUUUUCCCUGAGGGUAACCCUCUUCAGUGUGGGGAUUUCACUGGCUUUGCCUGGAAUGGCUAUGGGACCCAUAUAGGCUUUAGUGCAUCAAAACAGAUGCUUAAGUCAGCGGUGUUACUCUUUUACCGCUAAUUCACCAUGCAUUUACUUUUCUUUAUUGUAUGAUAGAUAGAUUUUGAAAUGAAAAGUACAUUUAGGAAAUUCUGGUAAUACCUUUUAUCAUUAUUAUCUAUUCAUUCCAUUACUAUAAAGAAAUAGCAUAAAGCAAUAACUCUUCCAUAAAUCAUAAAAAUAUUUGCGUCUCAUACAAUCAUUAAAUUUGUAUAGCUGAUAGUGACAAAUAUUAUUAUGUCAUGUGAGGCUCUUAAUAACUGAAUUACUGUAAGGUUACUGUAAACCACUUUGUGACACCUGUUGUGUUGUGGUGAUGGGGGUUGGAAAUUGAGUUUAUGGAUUGUGUGUGUUUGUUUGAACUUUCUUCCUGCAACAAUAAACUAGUCUAGAGAUCUGAGAGCAUGAAA